CGCAGCGUGCAGCGUCGUUCCGCCUGCGUGGUUGUGCCGCUCCUCCACGCCAGACGGAGGAAAGUGAUUUAAGGACAUUGAGUUGACAAGCGGCCGCCGGCAGGGUCAGUGUUGGUUGCUCUCUUCAGGCACUUUUUGUUCCUUUGCAGUGAAAACAAGCAAAAGAAGAAGAAGAAUUACAACGCCAUGGCUCCUACAAUAUAUGAGAGUUCAACAACAAAAGGUAGUGGCCCUAGCAGACCUGCCCUAGAGGCUGAGCUCAGGGAGCUGUUGGGGCAGAGGAUCAUGAUACUAGAUGGAGGGAUGGGCACCAUGAUCCAGGAGAGGCGAUUGGAGGAGGAGCACUUCAGAGGGGAGGAGUUUAAAGACCACACCCACAGCCUGAAGGGCAACAACGACCUGCUGAGCAUCACACAGAGUGAUGUCAUCUACAAUAUACACAAGGAGUACCUGCUGGCCGGGGCAGACAUCAUUGAGACCAACACUUUCAGUAGCACCUGUAUCGCCCAGGCCGACUACGGACUGGGACACUUGGCUUAUCGUAUGAACAAGGUAUCAGCAGAAAUAGCCAGGAAAGCAGCAGAUGACAUCACCAACCAAACAGGGUGUAAGAGAUACGUGGCGGGCGCCGUGGGCCCCACCAAUAAAACCCUGUCUGUGUCUCCCUCAGUGGAAAGACCAGACUUCAGGAACGUCACCUUUGAUGAGCUGGCUGAGGCCUACGCCGAGCAGGUCCGGGGUCUGUUGGAUGGAGGAGCGGAUAUUAUCAUGGUGGAGACCAUCUUUGACACGGCCAACGCCAAGGCAGCACUGUUUGCUAUCGACAAACUGUUUGAAGAGAGCUACGAACCAAGACCUAUAUUUAUAUCAGGCACCAUCGUGGACAGGAGUGGUCGAACCCUCUCAGGACAGACGGGAGAGGCCUUCGUCAUCAGUGUGUCCCAUGCCAAACCCCUCUGUAUUGGCCUUAACUGUGCCUUAGGAGCCACUGAGAUGAGGCCUUUUAUUCAGGCUAUUGGGAAAUGCACCACGGCUCACGUCUUAUGCUACCCCAAUGCAGGUCUCCCCAAUACGUUCGGUGGAUACGAUGAGACCCCGGAGUUGACAGCCUCACAUUUAAAGGACUUUGCCACAGAUGGUCUGGUGAAUCUGGUUGGUGGAUGCUGUGGGACGACUCCUGCACACAUCAGGGCCAUUGCUGAGAAAGUGAAGCACUGCCAUCCCAGAGUGCCCCCUACUGACGUCUUUCAGGACUACAUGCUCCUGGCAGGUCUGGAGCCAUUCAGGAUCGGUCCGUACACUAAUUUCGUCAACAUCGGCGAGCGUUGCAACGUGGCUGGAUCAAGGAAGUUCGCCAAGCUGAUCAUGUCGGGAAACUACGAGGAGGCGUUGAGCAUAGCCAAGACCCAGGUGGAGAUGGGAGCCCAGGUGUUGGACAUCAACAUGGACGAGGGGAUGUUGGAGGGUCCUGCCGCCAUGGCCCGGUUCUGCUGUCUCAUAUCCUCCGAGCCUGACAUCGCCAGGGUACCUCUGUGUAUAGACUCGUCUAACUUCGAGGUGAUCAAGGCGGGGCUGAAGUGUUGUCAGGGGAAGUGUAUCGUGAACAGCAUCAGUCUGAAGGAAGGAGAAGAGGAGUUUCUCCAGAGAGCUACGACUGUCAGACGCUACGGGGCUGCCGUGGUGGUUAUGGCCUUCGACGAGGAGGGUCAGGCUACGGAGACAGAGCGCAAGGUUGACAUCUGCAGCAGAGCCUAUCACCUCCUGGUAACUCAGGUGGGCUUUGACCCCAACGACAUCAUCUUUGACCCCAACAUCCUGACCAUUGGCACGGGCAUGGAGGAACACAGCGAGUACGCCAUCAACUUCAUCAGAGCCACCAGGCUCAUUAAGGAGUUGUUGCCUGGGGCCAGGAUCAGUGGAGGCCUGUCCAACCUGUCCUUCUCCUUCAGAGGCAUGGAGGUCAUCAGAGAGGCCAUGCAUGGAGCCUUCCUCUACCACGCCAUCAAGGUAGGUGGAGCCUUCCUCUACCACGCCAUCAAGGACGGUAUGGACAUGGGCAUAGUGAACGCUGGCAGCCUGCCUGUCUAUGAUGAUAUUGACAAGGAGCUCCUGCUCAUGUGUGAGAACCUUAUCUGGAACAAAGACCCGGAGGCCACAGAGAAACUACUGCUGUACGCACAGAGCUGUGCCAAAGGAGGGAAGAAGGUGGUCCAGACGGAUGAGUGGCGAGAGGGAACGGUGGAGGAGAGACUGGAGUAUGGGCUCAUCAAGGGUAUAGAUAAGUAUGUGGUAGAGGACACAGAGGAGGCGAGGGCCCAGGCUGAUCUCUAUCCGAGGCCCCUACACGUCAUCGAGGGGCCCCUGAUGAACGGCAUGAAGGUGGUGGGAGACCUGUUUGGAGCUGGGAAGAUGUUCCUACCUCAGGUGAUAAAGUCAGCACGUGUGAUGAAGAAGGCUGUCGCUCACCUGAUCCCCUUCAUGGAGAAGGAGAGAGAGGCCAUGCUACUGGCAUCGGGAUCAGUAGAGGAGAUUGACCCCUACCAGGGCACCAUAGUGUUGGCCACAGUGAAGGGGGACGUCCACGACAUCGGAAAGAACAUUGUAGGAGUGGUGCUGGGCUGCAACAACUUCAGAGUGAUCGAUCUGGGGGUCAUGAUUCCAUGCGACAGGAUAUUGAGGGAAGCCAUCGACUGCAAAGCAGAUCAGUUUGGGCUGUCUGACGAGGUGGCACUAGGACAGGAAGUGGUGCUUAACCUGGUCCCAGAUCAGUUUGGGCUGUCUGACGAGGUGGCACUAGGACAGGAAGUGGUGCUUAACCUGGUCCCAGAUCACUUUGGGCUGUCUGACGAGGUGGCACUAGGAGGUGAUUAA